AUCUGAUUCGUGCACGAGUCGCUCCUCGCUGCUCGCACGGCUCGCGGGCUCUGGAGCGGAGGAGAACAAACACAGGAGAAACAGAGAGAAAACGGGAGAAAACGGGAGGAAAAGAGGACUUUAAAACGACGGGAGGACUACAGAGGACGGAGGAGGGAUAUGCGGAGGGACGGGAGGAGUUAAUGCGUGUUUUUGUGGUUUUUAACUCCUUUUUUUUGUUUGCAAACAAACGAGAGGACCAACUGAGAACAGACAACUCAACACGGAGAGUGAGACCCAGCGAGUUUCAGCGGACGGUAACGGGGACCGUUUUUACAGUUUUACACCGCAAGUUUGAGUUAAGAAGAAGCGGGCAGUUGUUUUUUUGAGCAGUUUUGUGUGUGUUUGUGUGGUUUUUGGUGUGUAAAAAGGAGUGUAAGGAUAAUAACCGACCCUGCGCUGCGUCUCUCUGAACUGAACUGACUCGUUUGUAACGUUAGUGUUUUGCUGUUUUUGCUGUUUUAAAAGCUUUAAACUGCUACAAAAAAUCGGUUUUACGGUGUUUUGAGGCUGAGCAGAAGCUCAGUAGAUAGUUUAGCUGUAGGAUAACUAACGUUAACGUUAACCUGACGUUACACGCGAUGAAGAAGAGGAAAGUGUAACUACUGAUUCAAUUUCAAUCAAACGCGUUUGGAUUAACUGACGAGCUGCUGCUGCUGGAGGAGGAGAGACAGCAGAGAAGAAGUACGAGAUCUUCAUAUAUUCUUCACUUCAUUCCUAUGGACCACCUGAAGAAAUCCACUAUUUUUCGCUGCUGUGAUUUUUAAGUUCAGCGCACCUUCUCUGGAUCUCAGGCCUGGUGCCGAGCUGCCAAACCCGGAGUGCUUAGCUUGCUCUGCCCGCCAUGGAGGAGUGGAGGCAGUGCGGCCGCUGGCUCAUAGACUGCAAGGUUUUGCCCCCCAACCACCGGGUCGUCUGGCCCUCUGCGGUGGUCUUCGACCUGGCCCAGGCGCUUCGAGAUGGAGUGCUCUUGUGCCAAAUGCUUCACAACUUGUCCCCUGGAUCCGUGGACUUGAAGCAGAUCAACUUCAGACCCCAGAUGUCACAGUUCCUGUGUCUGAAGAAUAUCCGCACAUUCCUCAAGGUGUGCCAUGACAAGUUUGGGCUGAGGAACAGCGAGCUUUUCGAUCCCUUCGACCUGUUUGACGUUAGGGACUUCGGCAAGGUGAUCUCCGCCCUGUCCAGAAUCUCCCACAACAGCAUCGCUCAGAUCAAAGGCAUCAGGCCGUUUCCAUCAGAGGACACUGCUCUGAAUGAAGAUGAUGUCUACCGAAGCUUGGAGGAGCUGGCAGAUGAACAUGACGUGGGUGAAGAUGACAUCUAUGACUGUGUGCCGUGUGAAGAUGAAGGAGAUGAUAUCUACGAGGACAUCAUUAAGGUGGAAGUUAGGCAGCCCAUGAAAAUGGGCAUGACUGAGGAUGACAAGAGGAACUGCUGCUUGGUGGAGAUCCAGGAGACGGAGGCGAAGUACUACAAGACACUGGAGGACAUUGAGAAGAGUUACAUGAUUCCCCUGAAGCAAGUUUUAACUCCGCAGGAGAUGGAAGCCAUCUUUGUUAAUCUAGAGGACAUCAUCAAAGUCCAUUUUGCCCUACUGAGAGCCAUUGACCUGAACAUGGUGAGCGGCGGCAACGGCCUCGGGAAGAUCUUCCUAGACUUCAAGGAGAGGCUCCUGAUCUACGGUCAGUACUGCAGUCAUAUGGAGCACGCCCAGAAGACCCUGGAGGAGCUCAUCGUCGCACGAGAGGAUGUGAAGAGCAAAGUGGAGGAGUGCACCAUGAAGGUUCAGGAGGGGAAAUUCAAACUCCAGGAUCUGCUGGUGGUUCCAAUGCAGAGGGUCCUGAAAUACCACUUGCUACUAAAGGAGUUAGUGAGUCACUCGACAGACCGACCAGAGAGACAGCAGCUAAAGGAGGCCCUGGAAGCCAUGCAGGACCUUGCCAUGUACAUCAAUGAAGUCAAAAGGGACAACGAGACCUUGAAGAAAAUAAGUGAAUUCCAGAGCUCGAUAGAAAAUCUGCAAGUGAAACUGGAGGAGUAUGGGAGGCCAAAGAUAGACGGAGAACUGAAAGUCUGCUCUAUACUUAACCGGACCAAACAAGAUAGGUAUAUCUUCCUGUUUGAUAAAGUAGUAAUCGUGUGCAAGAGAAAAGGCUACAACUAUGAGCUCAAGGAGAUAAUUGAGCUCCAGCUUUACAAGAUGUCUGACGACCCCAUGAACAACAGAGACAUGAAAAAGGCCAGUGGAAAAAUGUGGUCCUAUGGCUUCUACCUGAUCCACUUGCAGGGCAAGCAAGGCUUCCAGUUCUUCUGUAAGACAGAAGACACUAAGAGAAAGUGGAUGGAGCAGUUUGAGAUGGCCAUGUCAAACAUCAAGCCAGAACGAGCUACAGCCAACCAGCACAAUUUCCAGAUGCACACUUUUGAGAAGAACACCAACUGCAGGGCCUGUAAGAUGCUGCUGAGGGGGAUCUUCUACCAAGGAUACUACUGUUCACGAUGUGGGGCCGGAGCCCAUAAGGAGUGUUUGGAGGUCAUCACCAUCUGUAAAAUCAGUCCUCAUGAUUUGGAGCCUGGACUUCCACCGUCAGGUCCAAAGAUGGUAGCCAUCAGGAACUACCAUGGUAAUCCAGCCCCACCAGGCAAAAGCCCCCUCUCCUUCCAGACAGGGGACGUCAUAGAGCUGCUAAAGGGAGACCCAGACACUUCGUGGUGGGAGGGAAGGCUCAUUCAGACCCUGAAGACUGGCUAUUUUCCCAGCUCCUGUGUGAAGCCAUGUAUAGACCCUAAGCCUUUCCUAUCUUGUCCAAGCCGCCAGGCCUCAAGAGAGAUGGAUUAUUGUGUUUAUCCGUGGUUUGCGGGAAACAUGGAACGGCAGCAAGCCGAUAAUCUCCUGAAGUCUCACAGUAGUGGCACGUACCUUAUUAGAGAACGAACUGCAGAAGCCGAGCGCUUCGCCAUCAGCAUCAAGUUUAAUGAUGAAGUUAAACACAUCAAAGUUAUAGAGAAAGACAACUGGAUUCACAUUACAGAGGCCAAAAAGUUUGAAAGCCUACUGGAGCUGGUUGAGUAUUAUCAGUCUCACUCACUGAAAGAGAGCUUUAAGCUGUUGGACACGACGUUACGAUACCCUUACAAGUCCAGAGAGCGCUCCAAUUCUCGUGCUAGUACACGAUCUCCAGCAGCCUCCUGUGCUUCCUACAACUUCUCCUUCCUCAGUCCUCAGGGCCUCAACUUCUCUUCUCAAAGCUCUGCCCCCUUCUGGUCAGUUUUCACGCCCCGGGUGGUCAGCACGGCAGUGGCCAGGUAUAACUUUGCUGCUCGAGACAUGAGGGAGCUGUCUUUGAGAGAAGGGGACAUCGUCAAAAUCUACAGCAAGAUCGGAGGAGACCAGGGCUGGUGGAAAGGAGAGGCAAACGGAAGGAUUGGCUGGUUCCCCUCGACGUACGUUGAAGAGGAAGGCGUGCAGUGAGGCUGUGAUGGCAUGGUUUUUCUACAAUCAGAUCACCCUCCCGUCCACGGACCUCCAACAGAGGACUAAUGGGUUCUGUGGAAACACAUUGUGGAAUACUUUUUUUUUUUUUUUUUUUUUUACACCGUGAAUAUUUGUUUUCCGAUUUCUUUGUUCAGUAUGUCCGAAUCUGCUUUUCCCUUCUCUUUUUCUUUGGAUCUUGUGAUCUCUGUGAAGAAAACUGGAUGGAUUCUUUCCCGUUCCUUUUUAAGGGGCUGCUGGAGAAAAUGUGAACAGUCCAGAGUCUACAACUUUGCCUUGGACACGCCAAACCUUCAGCUUUUUUUUUUUUUUUUUGUAAAGAUAGUUAUAAAGAUUUCUGUGGCCAACAGAUAGAGCUGAGGGUGGGCCUGUAUAGAUAAUUUAUUCCAGAGAAGUAUCUAUUAAAAAAAUGAGUGAUGGAAGUUUAUUGUUAAGAAAGUAGAAGGAACAAGGAGAAGAUGCACUUUUGCGUUCCUUUACAGAGAGAACUUGCCUUAGUGCUUAUACCAAUGCCUUGGGGGCUGAAAUGGGGCACUGGUGGAAACGUGCUACAUGGAAAUUUCUGCACACAUGCACACACACACACACACACACACACACACACAAACAAACAUGAACACACCUCUGCCCUGUACAGAAUAAAUGGUGCCUUUGAAGUGCAAUCCCUGUCCUCAGACCACUCAUACAGGUGCUUUCUGACCCCGGAGUCAGACGAAAAGACAGACAGCCCUUCAGGCAACAGGACAGCUGAGACGCCCUGAUUGGCUGAAAUCAGACAACCCAAACAAAUCUGCUCUAACACAAGAGAGGACAGUCGUCCGGAAGCACUGGAACUAUCGCCAAAUAAACGUGUACCGUAUCAGUACCCAGAACCGAGUCUGGACAAUGAAGACUGUCCUCAUAUGACCAUAAGAGGAGCAGCAGGCAGAACUGACACCAACACUAAAUCUGUAGAGCCUGAUCACAGAUACUGGUGUCCAACUGCUUACAGGAAGAAAUGACUGACAGGCUAAAUCAAGGGCAAAUUCAACAGUAUACAGUAUAUUGCCAAACACAUUUGUUUGUUAAAUAUUCACAGAAAUUUAAAUCACAUCAUUAACACACUGGUUGAUAUAAUAAUUAUCAUUUGCAGUUUACACUAUAUGCCUAAACGUUUGUGGACACCCCUUCUUAUAAUGCCUUCAGCAUUGCAUAGAUGUUUAAACGCACACAGUCCAAUGUCCAACUGCCUGUAGGCCUGGCACAAUAUCUGUUUUCUUUUUGCAAUAUAUUACUGCAGAAAAAUAAAGAAUACACUGAUUUUUUGCUUCACAAAUAUAAAAGUCCAUAUGACUUAUGCACAAUGAGUAAAAUAAAGCAACAGGUCUAACUGCCAACAGAAUAGGACUCUAAAGCAUAUAUGUGAACAUGAAUCUACUAAUCAACUUUUAACUGAAACUACCAAACAAGUUGGACAUCUGAGGUAAAUGGAAAAACAGCAAAAAAAAAAAAAAAACUUAAUUUAGCUGUGGAGCAGUGGACCUGUGGGAUUGGAAUGAUAGUGCUCCAUCCAAUACUUUGGGAUAAGGUGCAGUAGAGAUUAUCUAAUAUGACCUCAUUAACACCUAAAUACUGUUCCUGAGUGCAAACAAAUCCUCACAGCAACACUCCCAGGACAGUAAAGACAGUUACUCCAAAUAAAUCAACAAAAACACUUAUCCUCUGAUAUCAGAAGAAACAAUGAAUAUAUGAAGCAGGUGUCCCAUUACUUUUGUCCAUAUAGUGUAUCAUUGUACAGUAUCUUGCCUUAUUGAUUGGUUGACACACGGUGCUGCAGUGGUAUGUUUUUAAUCUCUGGGUUCACGGUAGGAUUCUCAAUGCAGCUGCUGCCAGUUUGGAACCCCUGCUGUACCCGCGAACCUCAGCCAUCAAGUGCACUUUAUCUGUUAAAUGGGAUCUGAGAUCAGACAGGUUUUAAGAGGGAAAAAAAGGUUUAUCAGAAGAUUUGAGUUUUUAUGGACUGACUGUUCUUCUGACUGUGUCAAAACCUGAGCACCAUCUCUUGGACUCCUAAUCCUCAAGCAACUAAUGGUCUUUGUUUCUUCUGGUGGAGAAGAAGAGGUUCACCACUCUGUCUCUUCACUCUUACACCAGGGGUGUCCUUCCUCCUACAGCCUGUCAAUACUCUAUAAAUACCUGCAAACUCAUUCCUAGGUGCACUGAUGUUGGUCCUCCAUGUAAUCUACUGAAAACUGUUACAUGUUGCUGUGGUCCAUCAACAAAGACUGACCAUAUUUCACACAGAAGCGUAAAAAUGGACGGUGUCUGUCUGUUCAAUAAGAAACAUUCACUGGUCAGCUUGAGGCUGGGUGGAGUUCUUAACAGUGGUGGAGGAGAAGAUCUCUGCUUUCAGCCUGGGCUGUCCAAUGGGAUUUGUUGCUGUUUGUGUAGUGGACAGAAAUCCAUUGCAUGUGGUCAUAGAUAUUAUAACUCUUGUCGAUGAUCCAAAAAAAAUUGAAAUUGUGUACUUUUUUUGAAUGGUCAAUUAUUUCCAAACUGAGGUCUAUAAUGAAAUAAAUAUUUCUUCUUUUAUGUAA